AUGUGGUCGCUCUUCUUAUUCCUUUUGUAUGCAGCAAAUCCCCUAAUUGGGGAGACCUUGAAUGGAACUUAUUCGGGUGAAUACCUCCCCGAGUAUCAGCAGGAUCUCUUUCUGGGAAUCCCUUUCGCUCGUCCACCAUUGGAACAUCGACGAUUUGCGAACCCGGAGUCUCUGAAUACCUCGUGGACGGGAGCCCGCCCGGCAAGGAAAUAUGCCUUUGAGUGUAUUGGCUACGGUGGUGAUCAGAAGGGGUACCUGCAGAGCGAGGAUUGUCUCUAUCUUAACGUAAUCCGACCGUCUGGCUACGAGAAUGACAGUCUGCCAGUAUUGGUAUGGAUCCAUGGCGGUGGCUUCAAAGAAGGAGGUACUCCGGAUAAGCGAUAUAACCUAACCUUCAUUGUCAACAACUCCGCCGUCAUCAACCAACCCAUCAUUGCAGUGAGUCUAGCUUACCGUCUGGGACCCUUUGGUUUCCUGAACGGCGACGAGGUGGCUGCCAGCGGGGCGUUGAGCCUCGGCCUCAAGGACCAGCGACUGGCUCUACAUUGGAUCAGGGAGAACAUCGCGGGAUUUGGAGGUGACCCGGACAGAAUCACUAUUUACGGACAAAGUGCCGGGUCGGAGAGCGUGGGCUACCAUCUCCGCGCGUUCAACGGACGAGACGAUAGGUUAUUCCGGGCGGGAAUCAUGGAGUCUGGCCCCGUCAUUCCGCAGGGCCCAUUGAACCUGACCUCCGAAUAUCAAGGAAGGUUUGAUGGGAUUGUCGCAGCCGCCGGCUGCGGAAGCGACCAGAACUCCACCAAGCUGGACUGUCUGCGCGACCUCCCCUUUACCACCCUGAACAAUAUCCUCAAUACGACUACGUACAACACGGGGUGGGAACCGUCCAUCGACGGUGAUUUUGUGGCCCGCUACCCCAGCCAGCAGCUGGAAGAUGGGGCAUUCGUGCACGUGCCGAUCAUUGCCGGCACGACGACCGACGAGGGCACGACGCAGUGUCCGAAGCCGGUGAAUACCUCCCUCGAAUUGAGAGGCUGGAUGACUGAAACAUCCAGCUACCAACUAGCCCUAAACGACACCAUGGCAACCCGUCUCCUCACCCUCUACCUGAACACAACCACCUUCGGCAUCCCCUCAACCGAGGAGCUAGGCGGGACCAACAUCAUCUUUCCGCAGCCCUACGGCGCCAGCUUCCGGCAGACAGCCGCCUACUACGGCGACCAGGUCUUCAUCGCCUCACGGCGACGCACCUGCGAGGUCUGCGCCGCCCGCGGGAUACCCGCGUACUGCUACCGCUUCAACACCAAGCCGGCGGGCCUCGCGUGGGAGGUCGGGGUGGAGCAAUUCUCCGACGUGGCCUUCAUCUUCAACAAUCUCGCCGGGGAGGGCUAUGACCCAAGCCCCUUUGCGGGGAUGCCGGCGAGCUACGCCGAGCUCAGCUAUCUGAUGGCCGGCUCGUGGGCGAGCUUCGUCAUCAGUCUCGACCCUAAUGCCUGGCUGGGGCGCGGUCGCAACGCCACCCAGGACGGGGUGCAGUGGCCUGUUUAUCGUGCCGCGGCGCCAGAGAUUGUCGUCUGGGACGCGAAUGUGACUACCUUUGUGGAGCGGGAUGAUUGGCGGAAGGAGGGGAUUCGGUUGAUCCAGAGUUUGGCGUUGGAGUAUGGGCGGUAA